GGGGGAAUGAAAUGCAGGGAACGCUCGACGGAAGUUGACGGACGAUUGCAAGCUUUUCUGAGGGGCGAGCUCAGACACAAAAUUAAACUAUUGAGAAUUUGACAGUUUGCAGUGAUUCAAUCCCCCCUUCCCUACUCUAUGGCUUCCAGUUCCAACAUGGACAUAGAGGGCGCGACCCAGCACCUUCGGGAUAUCUUAAAACUGGAUCGUCCCGGUAAUUCGGCCGAGCCCUCUUUGGUAGAGAGCCAGAGAAAACCAUCUUUCAAUGGAGAGUUGAAUGGCGUUCUUGGAGCCGAUCUUAUCGGAGCAGGAGGACUUGCUGCAGUGGUGGAGCCAACGACUCAUAACACAGACAAACUUAACGGACAGGACACACAGACCAUUUGCCUUUCAGGAGACGACGGGUCCACCUGUGUCCCCAUCAGAGCAAACAAUGUGGAAAUUGUGUCCAGUCGUGACUCUAGUAUUGACAGUAAGGCUCGUGGCAGCAACAAGGUUAAAAUUCAGCCAGUGGCCAAAUAUGACUGGGAGCACAAAUACUACUAUGGCAACUUAAUAGCUGUGUCCAACUCAUACUUGGCUUAUGCUAUCAGAGGGGCAAACAAUCAUUCUAUGAUCCGAGUGCUGAGGCUGGGCUCGACGGAGCGUUCGCUGCUGAAGGGCUUCACCGGUGCAGUCACAGACCUUGCUUUUGCCCACUUGGACUCCACCCUGUUGGGCUGCGUCGAUGAGGCUGGGAACAUGUUCAUUUGGCAGCUCACUAGCCACAGCAGCAAAAUACAAGAUGAAGUGAUCGUUCACAUCCGAAGGCCUGAGGACACGCCACUAAAUUCCAACCGCAGACUCAUCUGGUGUCCCUUCAUCCCGGAGGACAAUGAUGAGAACCCGGAGGAUCCGUGUCAGACGUUGGCGCUCCUUCAUGAAGACAGAGCUGAGGUUUGGGACCUUGACAUCCUCCGAUCCAAUAACAGCUCAUGGCCUGUGGAUGCCACUGAACUGAAAGAGGGUUUCAUCACCAUUAGAGGACACACGGCACGCAUUAGCGAGGGAGCGCUGUCCCCUGAUGGCACUGUCUUGGCCACAGCCAGUCAUGAUGGAUAUGUGAAGUUUUGGCAAAUCUAUAUUGAAGGACAGGACCAACCCAGAUGCCUGCAUGAAUGGCAGCCACAUAAUGGACGGCCUCUUUCCUGCCUGCUCUUUUGUGACAACCACAAAAAGCAAGACCCAGAAGUUCCUUUCUGGCGCUUUCUGAUCACUGGAGCUGAUCAAAACCAGGAGCUGAAGAUGUGGUGCACUGUGUCAUGGACGUGCUUACAAACCAUCAGGUUUUCUCCAGAUCCAUUCAACAGCGGUGUGUUACCCAGCUUGAAGGCCAGUUUGGACCUGUCUGCAGAAUUUCUCAUUCUCAGUGAUGUUCAGAGAAAGGUGUUGUACGUCAUGGAGCUGCUACAGGAUCAGGAAAAAGGCCGUGCCAGCUUCACUGCAGUUUCAGAAUUUCUGCUUACGCACCCUGUGCUCAGCUUCGGCGUACAGGAUGUUGCCCGCGCCCGAUUGCGCCACACUGAGGUCCUUCCCCCUGAUGAGGAAAGCGAAAGCAUGACGACAGAAGGAAACCAGGGACCUUCGGAGUCCAAAUCAGGAAUCCAGAUUAAACUCUACUGUGUGCAUACAAAAUCACUACAGGAUGUGCAAAUCUGGUUCCAGCCCAAUCAGGGGGCCUCAUCUUCCCUCUUCAUGCCUCAGUCUGGAUCACAGGAUGGCUUUGGUUUUUCUGACCCACUGGCUGAUCUGAAUGUGGAGGCUAUGAGCUCUGAUAAGGAGUCUGGCGAUAGUGGAUCACAGAAUGACCUGAGUAAGAUUCUGGCUCUUCCAACUCCGGCUGACUUCAUGAGUCCAGCCCCAUCAGCCUUGCCCAAACUCAUGACCCCAGAUGCAUUCAUGACGCCCAGCACCUCCAUGCCCGCUUCCCCUGGCAGCAGUGCAAGCAGCCUGACCAUAGUCACGGCCAUGAGCAGCUCAGAUAGCGGAGCAAGAGGUGGAGAUGAUCUGGCCCAGAGCCCUAAAGUGUCUGCCGAAUGUGGCAACAGCAGCUUAAAUCUGAGUGCCAGUGCAGGCAGUCCAAGAUCCAACUCUAUACUCAUCUCAGGCCUUGGGGAAAACAUCCAGGCUUUCUCUCCCCCGCUGGUGCUCUCUCCAUCCCUCCUUCAUGAGGCCUCUCUGCUCUGUGAAGCUGCUCCUUAUUCUCACAGACUUCCCCUUCCUUAUUUCCCUUCUCCUCCUCCACAGGUUUCCCCUCCAAACCCCCCUCUCUCCCUGGAUCUCCAGGCCAUAGACCCCAUGGUUGUCCCCCAGGCCUCUCCAACCAGAGCUCGCUCUCCGGAUGUAAUCUCCUCCGCUUCUACGGCAAUGUCCCAGGACAUUCCCGAGAUCGCCUCUGAGACCCUCCAGAGGGGGCUGGUGGGUGCCGCUGCUGACUCGGUCCCUGUCCAGCAUUCUGACAGCAUGGCAUCGGCCGCGUCAGUCCUCCACCUGUUGUCUCCUAGAACCCGGAGCAGUGCUGAACACAGUUUGCUACCUCUCGAAUUGGGUGCAGCAUCUGUGGAUGGAGAACAGAGACUCAAUAACACACCGUCCCUGCUAGAGACAGCUCUGUCGCAGGAGAACGCAGUAGCAGCUGGAGGAUCCUGUUCUGACAGUAGUGUGAACCACACCUGGCCAGCAGCACCUGAUAUCACACGAGAAACUCGCAACAGCCUGAGAGACAAUGGUUUGGGAGACUGCUCUAGGGAGGAAAUAAAGGACAGACAUAUUUCUUCCCCCUACCACAGGCGCACAUAUCACCUGACUCAGAACGACAGUCAAGAUGCAAGUGCAGAACAGAGUGAUCACGAUGAUGAAGUUGCCAGUCUGGCCUCCUCCUCGGGGAACUGUGGCCCUCGCUCCUCUCACAGACUUCCUGUAAAAGACUGGAAAACAUCUCCCCGCAGCUCCCCUAAGCUUAAGAGGAAGAGCAAGAAGGAUGAAGGAGAGUCCUCGCAGUCUAGACAGAUUGAGAGCCAGAUGAGCACUGAGGUGCAGGAUGAGCUCCUGCUGAUGUUACGGAGCCAGCAAAGGGAGAUUGCUGAGCUGAGACAGAACCAGCUGGAACUUUUGCAGAGAGUCACCAGCCACAUGGAUGCUGUACAGAGCUCCAUCAUGGCUCACAUUGAGCAUGCCAUGUUGGCUCAGCAGGAGCAAGAACAGAGAAGAAUGGAGCGAAUUUUGGCUGAAGGACAAAGCCGGAACCAACAGCUCCAGGACCAGCUGGUUCAGCAGCUCGUCCAGACUCUAAACAACAGUCUCUGCAACCGGCUAGACAAAGUUUUGCGUGAAGAAAUGAAGAAGACCGUCCCACAGGCCAUAUCGAAGAGCCUCGAACCUGUGACCGGCCAGAUGAGCAGUACCAUUGCUGCCAAGUUAACCGCAGUGGAAGGAACCCUGAAGGAAAAUGUCACCAAAGUUGUUAAAUCCAAGAACACUACGGAUGCUAUCGGUCGUGCUGCUGCGGAGGCCAUGCAGGGUCCCAUCCAGGCGGCUUACAAAGAGACCUUCCAGAGCAUCGUACUGCCCGUGUUUGAGAGAGGCUGCCAGUCCAUGUUUCAGCAAAUCAAUGACAGCUUCAAACAGGGAACCCAUGAGUACAUCCAACAGCUGGAGACGCAUAUCAAAAACAGGAAACAGCGGGACCAGGAUGCACGGGAUCCCGUGAUUGGCCAGCUGCAGCAGAUGAUUGACACGCUCCAGAAUUCUCAAGACCAGCUGGCCACAACUGUGACUGCCAGCGUGUGCUCUGACGUUCAGCAUCAGCUCCACAUGAUCGUGGGAAAUCUGCAGGACUCUAUCCUGACGCAGGUGCAGCGUAUAGUGAAGGGAGAGGUGAGUCUGGCCAUGAAGGAGCAGCAGGCAGCUGUCACCUCCAGCAUCAUGCAGGCCAUGCGCUCGGCCGCAGGAACACCGGUACCCUCCGCACAUCUGGACUACCAGGCCCAGCAGGCCAGCAUACUGCAGUUACUACAGCAGGGCCAGCUAAAUGAGGCUUUCCAACAGGCUUUAUCCGCAGCAGACUUGAAUCUGGUGCUGUACGUGUGCGAGACCAUUGACUCCCAGCAAGUGUUCGGCCAGCAGUCCUGUCCACUCCAUCAGGCUGUCCUUUUGUCUCUCAUCCAGCAGCUCUCCACCAACCUGAGCACACGCACAGAACUCAAGAUAAGCUAUCUUGAAGAUGCUGUAAUGAACCUGGACCAUGGCGAUCCAGUCACCAGAGACCACAUGUCUGCAGUCCUGACCCAGGUACGACAGAAGCUCUUACACUUCCUCCAGCAGGACGCCCACAGCCCUCUGAGCAAGCGCGCACGCCGCCUCAUGAUGAUGCUGCAGGGCCUGGUCAACCACUAGAGCCCCUCCAGGAUGGCGCAGCUGACAUUUUCACAACCCCUCCGUCAUCGUUCUGCAGUCUCGUAGACGACCGUCGUGACCUCAUACCACCCUGCUGUUCACUUGCUUUAUCAGCUUAUCAGCUCUCUCAGAAGCACUAGUGGGAUGUGUAGUCCAAGCUUGGACUUAGGAUAUAUUGAACUACAUCUCCCAUCUUUCCCUCCCUCGUUCCUUCGACUUCUGUUUGUAUACACCAUCAUGAAUGCAGAACGGGACAUGGGCUACUUCGUUUUUUUUCAUUAUGUGUACUAGGAGACCACAACUUUUUUGCUUGGUUUUUUUUUUUGUUUUUCGCAUCAGGAACAAGACUGUGGAGAGCUAAGAGAAUGAAAGCUAUAGCGUGAACACUCCAAAAGGUUUCCUGGCUGCUCUGCUUCUUUUUCCUUAUAUUUCUUGUUGGAGACGUAAUCGUCAUCUCGUGAACAUAAGCCCUGUUGGUUAUCAAUAAAGGUUGUGUUUAGGCCACUUAUCUGAUAUACUUAAAAUACUUUGGCCAGGUUGCUGCUUUUUCACAUCAUACGUGCUCCUGGUAUUUUUGUUAAUUUCAAAAUUAAAAACCCACACAACUGAUGCCAUGUUUUCCAAUCAGCAGAGCUCUAUAAAAUGGGCUUAUUAUAUUACCAAGGAAUGCUCGUAAUUUUCUUCAAAGGAACCUUGUCUGUAACUUGCAGUACGUCUGUAAGUCUCUAGAGGGCAGGCAUUUAUGUAUCUUCUUUCUAAUUUUAUAUGCUGCUUCUGUGAUUUUUCAGUUUUCUGCAGAAUUACACUACAGCGAAUGCAGGCUCUUCUUUUUUUUUUUUUAAUGCAGGGUUAUUUUCUGUGAAACUGUUUGUUAACACCCAAAUAUUUGAAAGUGUUGGAGAAAGUGGCUGGGAAAUGGCUAUUUUCUUUGUUGUAGUCAGUCGAUUGUAUUUGAUUUAGACUGAGAUUGCCAACACUUGUUAUUCAUUACGAGGGACUAUUUGGUCAUGCCCUCUGAUAAAGGAAGAACAAAAAGAAAGUGCCUUAUCAGACUAUAGCGUAUCAGAUAUUGGUAAUCGGGUCGCCUACGUUGACCGCCAUGUUGGUGGCGAGCAAAUUUUCUUUUCACUAAAACACAAUUGAAGUAAAGAAUGAACAGGUUUGUUACUGAAACGUUUUCUUACAAGUGCUGUAAACUGUGAUCUGAGUUGUUUUGGUUUUUUUUGUAUUUUUUUUUUUCAGUCCUCACAAGUUUCAUGCUAAUGCGAGGAGGAAGUGCCGGCCCCGUUGAUUGUGUUUGUGUUAACACAUUAUUUGUUCCCCUGUCGUCUUUAUUUUUAGAGCUGUGCAUAUUAUAUCCAUAGCCGUUUGCAGCAGUCUGUGUGGCUCAUUAGGACAUUUUUACAGGGUGUAGGCAAUGUGUCCUCUUUUGCUUUUUCCCCUCAUACGUAUAAAAAAAAAGCUCUUUAACAGACUUGAGCCUGCUGCGCAGCUGAGGGUAGAUCUGAGGCGCUAAUAAGGAUAUAUUAAACUCAGCAUGCUUGCAUGCUAAUGGUGAGAGCCAUGUAUUCAAACAUAGUUAACCUGUUUUUACCAAUUCAACACCCCAGUUUUGUUCAAGCUCUGUAUUAACCUGGAUUAAUCCUUUUUCGUUUCUCUUUCUCGCAUAGUAUAGAUGACCCAUGAUCAGAUAGAUUGUCUGAUUCAGUUUUAUGUUAUGUCAGGUUGAAAACGUCCUCUUGUCAGUUUUAAGAUUUCGUUGCAGUGCAAGGUUAAUUGGUUUUUGAUGCUGUUUUAGACCCGUCUGAUAAUGUUGGGGUUACUAUACUAAUACGCAACGCCUUCAGUUUUUGAGGCGUACAAAUUUUUUUUUUCCAGUCGAGAGUUUCGCAUUGCAGGUUGUGUAUGACAGUUUAAUCGUUUGUAUUUUUUUUCCAUUGUGUUUUGAUUUUUGUUCCUUGUGUUUGCAAUUCUGUUGUAUAUUUUACACUCAUUUCUUUCAUCAUAGACGUUUUGGAAUAAAAAAAGGAAAACAUUGUUCAAUGUU